AUGCCAGCAACCACCAAGAAGCCAGAACAGGCAGAGGAGCGAAUUACAAGUCCUAUUUUUUCGAGAGGAGCUUAUGUAUUUCCAAACGGUGACAAAUACAAUGGCGACUUUGUGCAUUUGCCAGAAGGUGGUCUUUUAAGGCAAGGAAAAGGCGAACACAUUGGAAAUGAUGGCUUGAGAUAUGAAGGGGAUUGGCAAGACGAUAAAAUGCACGGCAAAGGAAAAAUGACUUGUGCAUCCGGUGCUGUUUAUGAAGGAGAUUUUGAUAUGAAUCGUUUCCAUGGCUACGGGAAAUACACCUGGCCAAAUGGCUCUGUUUUUGAGGGAAAUUUUAACGAAAACAAAAUGACAGGGGAAGGACGAUACACUGAUGUAAAUAAUGAAGUUUGGAUGGGUGAAUUUGCACGUAAUUCUGCGCUUGAUUUACGGUUUAAGUUAAAUAUGUAA